AUGUCGGCGAAAUGCACGCCAAUGCCGGGCUAUGUUUGUGUUCGAAAGCCUGUGUGUGUGGUAGUACCAAAGUAAGAAAUUUUCUUUUCGUCAGUGUUUCUGCUGUGUCGCCUCUGCUUUUUCCGGGGAGAUACAUUUCCCAGCGCCUGUCUACUCUAGCUGGGGAAAAUAACAUAGCCGACUCUAUAGACGGACGCGCUUGAUUCCAAAGAUCUGAUUGAUCAAAUCCAGCAUGGCAUAGCACAGCACAGCACAGCACAGCACAGCACAGCACAGCACAGCACAGCACAGCACAGCACAGCACAGCACAGCACAGCACAGUAA